AUGUCAAGAAAUAGCCUCACUUUACCAAAUGGCGAUAAAUAUAGCGAGGAAGUUCCGCUGCUCACCAGUGCAGAUGUUUUACAAAUCGAAUCGUCUGAAACACAGAAAUUAGAUGACAUUCCUACAAAAAGCGUAGAUCCUGUACGAAAAAAUGGAUCUGAAUUCUUUGCCAUUGGAUCUGAGGUAGACUCGGUGGAAAGUGUUCAAAACUUCUACAAGAAGGCCUGCAUCGACCCCUAUGUCGCCAGUGUCGACAGCAGAAUUUUAGUUUAUAGAUUCCGAGAAAACGAUAAAGUGACUGAAAACUAUCAUGAUGAUGGUGAACAUGGAGCGGGUCGACGCCUCCUUAAAUUCAUGCAGGACAACCAAAUCUUCAACGCGGCUAUCAUUGUGACGAGAUGGAUGGGGGAUCAUAUUGGACCCGAGCGUUUUACCAUCAUGGAGAACCUCCUGAACGAUGUUGCGAAUCUACUAUAG